AUGUUCAACUUAAAAGAUGCGGAAGAGCCCAAUGCGGCUCCAAGUCAUCCAGUGUCUCUGUUGGUGAAACAAAUAGAAGAUGAGAUCGAUGAAGCAAAUCAAGUGAAAAAGGUGGAAAUGGAAGGCAUAAAUGAGGAGUCUGUCUUGGAUAUUGAUGGCCUAGAGUCGCAGCUCUGCACUGCAAUGCCGAAGCCACCCAUCCCUCGCUCCGCCUCCGACUCCCUCAUCUCCAAAUUGCACCUCCCUUCAUCUUCCCGGUCUUUCAGUUCAUCCCUCCCCUCCUCCAGGCCUUCCUCUUCCUGGAGGAAGAGAGUAUUCAAACAAGCGUUGUCCAGCCCCGGGAAGAACAAUUUAUCAAGGCAUUCGGACUUGACAGAAGAGAGCCUCGAGGCAUAUAACAGGAGGAACGAAUUCAGUCCCAGUCCUUACUACAGAGGCCUCACCGAUUCCUCCCUUUAUAUAAGCCGGCAGCGCGCACCCAGCAGUCCUGGAAGGGAGAGCCAUGCAACCACUGUUGCCACUUCAAGCUCUAUCUCCACCUUAAUUAUUAAGGUGCAAAAGUGGACUACCACUUGCUUCACCUCCAAAAGUGGUAGAGGAGAAGAAGAUGACGUUAAGAAACCAAGAGUGGAGGCAAAGCCUGCUGCUUCAUCAUCAUCAUCAUCCAAGAGUAGAGGGACAGUAUUGACAGUAAUGAAGGAAGAGAGUUGCAGCUUGGGGAUCAGCAAUGAUGUUGUAUCGGUUAACCCGGAGAAGCCAUUGAGGGAGAGAGUAUCAGAGGUAGAGGUUCCCGCACCGAUAAUAUCACGAAAAAAGGUAGUUUUUGCGGAGAACGGUGAGACCGUGAGUGAUGAGAAAGGAAAGAAUAAGGAUUUCACAUGGGCUGACAAGUAUCGGCCCAAGGCUCUGUCAGACUUCAUUUGCAAUCGAGACAAGGCAGUUCAGCUCCAGGAUUUGGUGAAAGUGGAACAGCAUCCUCACUUCAUAUUUGAAGGACUUGCAGGGGUGGGAAAAAAGACCAUGAUAUCCGCUUUUCUUCGAGAAGUGUUCGGACACGACAGAGUACAGACAAGGGAGGAGUGUAAGGAAUUUUACUUGAAGGGUGAAUCAAUACGUAGCAUCCGAGUAAAUGUGAAGGUAUCUUGUCAUCACAUAGAGGUCAAUCUCUCUGACCUAAAAGGGUACGAGAAGCAAGUCAUUGUUCAACUUAUCCACGAAACAGGCAACAACAGAGCCAACAAGGCUGUGCGUGUCAACCAGGAAGUCCAGUCAAUUGUUCUGUACGAAGCAGAGAAGUUAUCAACAGAGGCGCUACUAUAUUUCAAGUGGCUACUAGACAAGUAUGAAGGGCAUAACAUGGUCUUCUUUAGCUGCUCCGAUACCUCAAAGCUUCAGCCAAUUAAGUCACUCUGCACUAUGGUUCAGCUUCUCCCACCAUCUGAUGAGGAGAUUGUUGAAGUCUUGGAGCUUAUAGCUAAACAAGAAAGCAUCAAUUUGCCACGAGAAUUGGCUGAAAAGAUUGUGGGAAACUCUAAGAACAACCUCCGUCAAGCUAUUCGUUCCUUUGAGGCUACCUGGAAGUUCAAGUAUCCCUUCGAGGAAGAUCAAGAAAUUAGGACCGGGUGGGAAGAUGAUAUUGCCAGGAUUGCAAAGAAUAUCAUUGAGGAACAAACCCCCAAGCAGUUGUAUAACAUCAGAGGAAAGCUCCAAAAACUUACAGAGCACAAUGUAGCUUCUGAGUUCAUUUACAAAACUCUGGUUGCACAACUUAAGAUGCAGUUAAACUGCAGCUACUUACAAAUCCGAUUCGACAGCAUAUUUGAUGAUUACUAUAGGGAAGAAGGAAGCAUGCAGAAGGAAGAUGGAAGCAUGCUUGAAACUGAUCGUUCAUUUGUGCGUAAUCGGCAUGAGGAAAUGGGCAAACGCCUUAAUGACCCCACGAGAAAAAAUGCUCAUGAUGUGUUGAAGAUCGAAGAUUGA